UUAUGUGAUUGGUACAGGGAGCUGCUGAAAGACCACCCGUUCUUCUACGUACCAGACGUAAUAGACGAGCUGAGCAGCAACGCCGUCCUCACCACAGAGCUGGUCCCCGGCUUCCCUCUGGACCAGGCUGAACAACUCUCCCAGGAACUCAAAAACGAGGUCAGUAUAUGCUGCAACUGUGUUCAAUAACAAAUACAUUAACAAAGGCCACCAUUGUGUAUUUUGGUACUUACUACAUACUUACUUAUGGUACAUUGUGUAAAUGUGGAUUUUGAUGUGUGUUUUCUGCUUGCCAAGCUUGAUUUGAUGUGUAAAACAAACGCCACAACAAGAACCUAAUUUCUGUCACCUCACCCACCAAAACACCUGCUACAAUGUAUUACUGCCCCUUGGUGGUGAAAUUGCAGACUGAAAAAUGUAUGUUCCUAAAGUAUCUUUCUCUCUCUCUGCCUCUGUCUCUAUGUGUGUGUCAGAUCUGUGAGAAUAUCCUGAAACUUUGUUUAAGGGAGCUGUUUGAGUUCAGAUACAUGCAGACUGACCCCAACUGGUCCAACUUCUUCUACGACCCACAGACACACAGAGUGAGUCUGCCUUUUAACUCUUGUUAUCAACUUCAUCAUUAGUCCUGUAACUAAUUUUGAUGACCUUCCUAAAGGUUGUCUCUGUUUAAAUGGAUCUUCCGUCUUCUUGGUGUCUUCUGUAGAGCAUGCUAAUCCUAUACAGUAGCACGAUGUUGCUGAAUGCUUAGAAUGACUAAACAUUACUACUGUUCCAUCCAUAGGUUGCGUUGUUGGAUUUCGGAGCCACAAGAGGAUUUAGUGAGGACUUCACUGACAUUUACAUUGAGGUAAGAUAUUAGACUUUAUCCCACAACAAAACAUAACAGAUCAAAAUGAUUUAUUCGAUGUGUGUGGCGUUCAUUGUGUUUUAAUCAGCUCAUCAAGUCAGCAGCAGAGGGAGACAGAGAGGGGGUUCGGAAGAGAUCAGUAGACAUGAAGUUCCUCACAGGUUAUGAGUCAAAGGUGAGUCACAUCAUUUGUUCUGAACAUAUGAGUCAACAAUGCCACAUACUAGUUUAUUUUGUCAUAGACAAUGAAUUGAGAAGGCUCUCCAUUACUCCAUGGCAUAAACUGAGUAGUGAAUACCCAUAACUUAAUUACAAUGGCUCCCCCUGAACCCACUAAAACACAAACACAUACAGGUUAUUACUCUCUCUGAUUAUGUUCUGCCCGUCCCUCAGUCCAUGGUGAAUGCCCAUGUGGACGCGGUGAUGAUCCUAGGCGAGGCCUUUGCCUCCACGGAGCCCUUUAACUUCGGAGCCCAGAGCACCACGGAGCGCAUCCACAACCUGAUCCCUGUGAUGCUGAAGCAGCGCCUCACCCCGCCCCCCGAGGAGACCUACUCCCUCCACCGCAAGAUGGGCGGCUCCUUCCUCAUCUGCUCCCGCCUUGACGCCAAGCUCGGCUGCAAGAACAUGUUCCAGGAGGCCUAUAACAACUACUGGAGGGACCGCCCCAACCGACCAAGCCAGUGA